AACCUCCCUCUCCCCAUUUUCGUGCUUCGCGUGCAUAUAACAGCUGUAAAAAUGGAUAGGCGAAUGUCUAUGUGGAAUCAGUUGACAAGUGAGGCGGCUCAGUACAUAUCUGCCCACGAAGACAUCAAUUCUGGUGCCGGGAAAAAGAUCAGAACGACGAUCGAGAAGCUUCCGGACAAGAUCCUGCUGAAGAUCUUUUCGUACCUCCCGCACAAAGUGAUAUGUCAGAACGCGAGGGUGUGCAAGAAAUGGAGGAUGGUGGCCUACGAUUCCCGACUAUGGAAGAACGUCUCCUUACGACCCGAGUUCUCAGGUCUCCACGUUUCCAGCUUGGAAUCCCUCCUUGCCCUCAUCAGUGUUCGGUUUGGUCCAUCGUUGAGAAGUAUUGAACUGCCGAUCGAGCUCAUCACCCACACCGUUCUCCACGAAUUAGCCAACAAAUGUCCGAACCUGACUGACAUGCUCUUGGACUUUUCCACCGCCAUGCAAAUGCACGAUUUCAACGAACUCCAGGCCUUCCCCACGAAGCUCCGUACCAUGUGCAUCUGUCUGUCGGAGGUGAUCUUCAUGGAAGGAUUCAUGAGAAAAAUUUACAACUUCAUUAACGGCCUCGAAGUUUUACAUCUCAUCGGGACGUACGAGAAAAUGGAGGAGGAGGAGGAAGAGAUUUACGAAGUGAUAAACAUUCAUAAAUUAAAGUCCGCGAUUCCCAACCUUCAAGUUGUGAAUCUUUACGGAAUCAGCUUCUUGGACGACGGGCACAUCGAGGCCUUCAGCUCCAACUGCAUCCAACUGGAAUGUCUGGCGAUGAAUUAUUGCUCGAAGGUCACCGGUUCUUCACUAAAGCUCCUCCUUCAACGAUCGCGGAAACUUCGUUGCCUCCUCAUGCAACAGACGAGUCUGAAAAGCGAAUACGUGAUGUCGGUGGAUUGGGAGAAGACCAAUAUCCAAGAAUUGGAUAUCACGGCUACGGAUCUGUCUUCUGAAUGCCUCCUGGAAAUUCUUCUCAGGAUUCCAGGGCUCAGGUGGCUCAGUGCCGGUCAACAAGAUGGCUUCAACGACAAGGUCCUCAUGUCGUACAUGAAAGAUGGGAACCCGGGGAGCUUGGUUUCCCUGGACUUAGAUCGCUGCGACAAUCUCUCCUCGGAUGCUCUCUACACCUUUCUCUCAAAAUACGGGAACAACCUGCAAGGUCUCAUUCUGUCCGGCAUCCCUCAUGUGACAGAUACUCUCUGGUCAUCUAUCUUGCCAAGUUUGCGAAAUGCUAGGAUUUUGGUGAUGGGGAUGUCCGAAGGAUGCUGCGGGAAGAUCCACCAGAAAGUCCUCAUUGAUCAACUGAUGGACUGCAUAGCCAGUUGCUGCCCCGCACUCGAAAGGUUGGACAUCGGCUGGGAUCCGGAGACGCUGAGGCAUUCCGACAAGAGCCAGAAAGCCAUCGAUACGCUUCGAGUCAGGUGUCUCCGACUCCGGUGCCUUGUCCUCAGCGAUGGGAAGUACUUUGAGAUCGUGAAGGCUAAUUUUGAGAGGGCUGAUCGGCCGACGGUGGUGAGGACGAACACGGUUUGCAGAGUUAACAACUGCUACCUUCUCUCCUACUACAAGGAUCUCCUCUUCAACUGAGACUGAAUCUCCAGAAGUAACCCCCAUUGAGGAUUCCAGAUUCAGGAGUUGAAAUGCUGAAACUGUCAGCAUGGUUUCGCCUGUGGUCAUUUCGUGGCUGUUAUCAAUUGCACUCCCCUGUCUUCCCCAACAUGAUGGCCUUCAGGAUCCUCAGAAUGUUCAAAUAGAGGCAACUGUUUGAUCAAUGACCAACACUUGUCUAUCAUUUUUUCUACCUUGCC